AUGUUUAACGUUGCCAAUACUAUUGAAUCUUCAAAUGGCCCAAAUCCUAAGGAAUCCAUUCAAAAGGAAAGAUCGAAUCAGAAGUUCGAUCCUGUGUUGAUGAAUCAUUUCUUAGAAGGGUCUAAAAAGACUUCAGAAUUGAACAGAAAAUUAUUACAACAAAUGGAAAGAGAUCCAAUUUUAUCAUCUAAUCCUAACUAUUAUGACUUAUCUAAAGACCAACAAAGAGAAUUGACUGCGUUAAAGAUCGAAAGAAUGUCAAAAUAUAUGGAAGUGGAUUCCAAGGAAGAAAACCAUAGAAGAUUGAGUUUAAUUUCAGUAUUUGACCCCCAAUUAAAUACUAGAAUUGGGAUUAAUUUGGGAUUAUUCUUGGGUUGUGUUAGAGGUAAUGGUACGGCUGAACAAUUCAAUUUUUGGGCCAAUACCAAAGAAACUAGUAAAUUGAAAGGAAUUUAUGGAUGUUUCGCUAUGACAGAAUUGGCUCAUGGUUCAAAUGUAGCUGGAUUAGAAACUACUGCUACUUAUGAUAAAGAAAAUGAUCAAUUUAUCAUUAAUACUCCUCAUAUUGGUGCUACCAAAUGGUGGAUUGGAGGAGCUGCUCAUUCAGCUACUCAUGCGGCUACUUAUGCCAGAUUAAUUGUUGAUGGUAAAGAUUAUGGAGUUAAGACUUUUGUUGUACCAUUAAGAGAUUCUAAUCAUAAUUUAAUGCCCGGUAUCACUGUUGGGGAUAUUGGUGCUAAAAUGGGGAGAGAUGGUAUUGAUAAUGGUUGGAUUCAAUAUUCUAAUGUUAAAGUUCCAAGAUUUUUCAUGUUACAAAAAUUCGCUAAAGUUAGUAGAGAAGGUGAAGUUACUUUACCUCCUUUAGAACAAUUAAGUUAUAGUGCUUUAAUUGGUGGUAGAGUUACAAUGGUUUUGGAUUCUUAUAGAGUUGGUGCUAGAUUCACCACUAUUGCUUUAAGAUAUGCUAUUGGAAGAAGACAAUUUAAACAAGGAAAGAAUCCUUUAGAAACUCAAUUAUUAGAUUAUCCUUUACAUCAAAGAAGAUUAUUACCUUAUUUGGCUUUGACUUACCUUAUUUCCAAUGGAGCUUUUAAAUUAGAACAUACUAUGGAUACUACUUUAGAUGCUUUAGAUGAUGCUGUUAACAAAAAUGAUAUGGUUAAAAUCGGAAAGUUAGUUAAUGAAAUGAAAACUUUAUUCAUUGAUUCAGCUUCUUUAAAAUCUACUUCUACCUGGUUAGCUGCGGAAUUGAUCGAUCAAUGUAGACAAGCUUGUGGAGGUCAUGGAUAUUCCGGUUAUAAUGGGUUUGGUAAAGCUUAUAAUGAUUGGGUUGUUCAAUGUACUUGGGAAGGUGAUAAUAAUGUGUUAGCCAUGAGUGUUGGUAAACCUUUAAUUAGAACUAUUGGUGAAGUAUUAAAAGGUAAGAAAGCUAAAGGUUCUAUUAGUUUCUUAAACAAUACUCAAUAUUUGAAUGAAGAAGCUAUUUUGACUUCAGUUUCUGAUAUUGAAGAUUUAUCAAUGGUAUUGAAAUCUAUUGAAGUGUUGAUUCUUAGAUUAUGUAAGGAUUCUUUGGAUACUAUUCAAGAAAGUAAUGGAGUUUAUGAAGUUGUUUCCAAUGCUAUGGUUACUAUUUCCAAAUUAAAAGCUCAUCAUUAUUUAUUAUCGGAAUUUUUGAAUAGAUUAUCUGAAGCUGAUAGUUCAGUUAAACCUUAUUUAGUAUUGAUUGCUAAAUUAUAUGCUACAGCCAUUGUUUUAGAUAAAUUUUCUGGUGAUUUCUUGACUUAUUCAGUAUUAUCACCAAAAUUAAUGGGUGAAGUUAACCAAAAAUUGAUUCCAAAAUUAUUAGCUGAAAUUAGACCUUUAACUAUCAAUUAUACUGAUUCUUUCCAACAACCAGAUAUGAUCUUAAAUGCCCCAAUUGGGAAAUUUAAUGGUGAUAUCUAUGAGAAUUACUUUGGAGUGGUUAAAGCUCAAAAUAAUCAUUUCCAUACUAAAGCUCCUUAUAGUAGUGCAUUAGAAGGAAUGUUGAACAGACCAAGUUUGAACGACAGACAAAGAGGUGAAACAUCGGAUGAAGUUGCCAGUAUUUUAAGUAAAUAG